UAUACAAGUUUUAGUUCAAAGUCUCUCAAUAAAAUAAGCUCCUCUAUAGCAGGAAAAUAUAGCAAUGGCAUGCUCCAAACCUCAGAAAAAAGUGCUGAUGCUAUGUGCUGAUGCCAUGGAAGACUAUGAGGCUAUUGUUCCCUUUCAGGCACUUCAAGCUUAUGGUGUCCAAGUUGAUGCCGUUUGCCCGGGUAAAAUGGCUGGUGAUGUUUGCCGCACUGUUAAAUACAAAGCAUAUAGCUCUGACUCUCAGAUGUUCCCACCUCCUACUCCUGACUGGUUAAGGACUUACAUUGAAUUACCAGGGCACAACUUUAUACUCAAUGCCACCUUUGACGACAUUGAGGUAACAAGUUAUGAUGGGUUGAUCAUUCCAGGGGCAAGAGGACCUGAAUAUCUUGCAACAUUUGAGUUAGUUCGAGAUGUAGUUCGCAAUUUUUUAUCAUGUAGGAAGCCAAUCGCGGCGAUAUGCCAUGCAUUAUUACUUCUUACAGCUGCUGAUCCAAAUAGCAUUCGAGACCGUAAAUGUACAGGAUUUCCAACUAUGAGGCCUGUGGCUCAUGCAGCUGGUGCGCAGUGGGUUGAACCCGAAAGUCGGGAAGCUUGUGUGGUUGAUGGCAAUCUAAUAACUGCUGCUCUCUACGCCAGCCACCCUGAAUACAUUGGACUGUUCAUAAAAGCCUUAGGAGGUCUCAUAACUGGGAGUAAGAAACGAAUCUUGUUGCUUGGUGGGGAUUCAAUGGCCGAAUAUGAUGGUAUCGUCCCUUUUCAGUCACUACAAGUUGUAGGAUGCGAAGUUCAUGCAGUUUGUUCUAAUAAGACAAAAGAUAAGUUUUGCCCAACUGCAGUACAUGAAUAUGAAGGUGAUAACUCAAAUUUCAGCGAAAAACCUGGACUGGAUUUUCGAAUGACAGCUGAUUUUGAUGGUAUAAACCCCUUGUGUUAUGACGGUCUUGUUAUUGCGGGAGGCCGAGCACCGGAAUACUAUGCGUUAGAUGAUAAAGUUCUAGUCCUUGUUCAGAAAUUCGUGGACCUUGCAAAACCAAUUGCAUCUAUUGGCUAUGGACAACUGAUUUUAGCUGCAGCUGAUGUUCUCAAGGGGAGGAAAUGCACUGCUCACCCAUGUGCCAAGGUCAACGUUGAACUAGCAAAGGCAAUUUGGUUGGAACCUAAGCCGAAAUCUCGUUGCUACACUGAUGGUAACUUGGUUACAGGAUCUGGGUGGCAGGGCCACCCAGAACUUAUUUGUCAGUUCAUGGCAUUGCUUGACAUUCAAGUAUCAUUCAAAUAAUUGGGUGAUGCUUGAAUCAUUUAUUAGAUGCUAAAAAUCAUCAUCAAUGGACCAAAUCAUAGUUGAAUAAUAUGAAUUGUCACUUGAUGCCUUUUAUUUUGUGUAAUAGAUCUUAGACUCUAAGACGUGAGAGAAUAAUGAAAAAUAAUAAGGUGAUUAUAUAUAUGUUUACUCUA